CUAAAUAAGCAUUAAAAAAAGUUAAAGUAGCUAUAGAUUUGACAAAAAUGAACCCAGAUAUACUGUGUUUUCUGGUAAAGUGGUCCCCAACAGUCCUGUUGACUCCUUGUGUUCACUGGGCCACGCUCACUGGAUCUGUCCUCGAAAAAUUUAUGUGUUGAAACUUGUCAGUUUGUUAGUAUUAAGAGCCAGGACUUUGAUGUGUUACUGUAAAAAUGUCUAGGAUAAUCAGGGGGCAGGUUUAUUUUGGCCAUAGUUUUAGAGAUUUUGGUUUGUGGUCUGGCAGAUUCAUUGCUUUUUGGACAGCUUUUUGUGGAGAGUAUGGUGGGGUAAAGCUGCUUACCUCAUGGCAUCUGGGAAGCAGAAAGGAGUGAGGUGGAGUCCCAACUAUUGCCUGUAAGGACACACUCCAGCAACUGACUUCCUUCUGUUAGGCUCUGACUCUCAAGGUUCCAGCACAUUCCAGUGGUGCUGAGGGCUGGGGACCAAGUAUUUAAUGCAUGUGCUGAGGUACAGGUUACAGGUAGGGUGUGCUCAGCAUGUGUGAGACCCUAGGUUCAGUCUCCAUGCGCUGACCCCCCACACCUGUCAGGGGGUGAUUAAGGUGCCUGAAAAGGGCUUGAGAGAGUGGGUUUGUUCUGUCCCUUCUGCCCUGUGAGGACAGCAACAGAAUGCCAUUAGUGAAGAAUGGGUUCCUCACCAGACACUGAGCUGGCUCCCUGGUCCUGAAUUUCCCAGUCCCUAAAUUGUAAGAGAAAUUUUUUAUUAUUUAUAAGCUAACCAGCCUGUGGUAUUUUUUUAAUAUGGUUUUUAAAUGGGGCCUCAUGUAAUCCAGACUGGCCUUGAACUUGCUUUGUAGCUGAAGACAACUAAACUUUUGAUCCUCCUGCCUCUAUUGGGUGUUGGGAUUACAGUUGUGCAUCAACACUCCAGGUUGAGUCAACUGAGCCACAUCCCGUCUGUGAUACUUGUUACAGCAUCAUGGACUGACCAAGACACUUCUUCCUCUUCCUUACUGCUGUCCUUGUUCUGGAUGCAAGAUUCAUGACAUACCCAUCCAGACCAUCCAAGCACACACCAGACAGCGACCCUGCCAUGUACCCCCAAGUCUUCCCAGAUUCCCACCAGCUCCCCACAGUGCCUUCUGCACUGCAGGAGCCUGGAUGCUUGCCUUGCAGAGUUGGCUUUCUGGGACUCUGUAAUGUGGUGUGCUGCUCAGCCUGCAAAGAAAUAGUAAACAAGUGGGAAUUUCCUGGCCUGCCCCCAGCAUGGCGCGAAUUCUGUGCAGUUUGGGGAAUCAUAACACCUCUGCCAUUUGGUGCCAUUGCACCUUUUGGCUAAGUACCCAGGGGCCCCAACCACUUGGCACUGCUACUGAGACUUGUGCUAGCUUCCCAUUUAGAUGGGACGGAGGGGUAGGGAUACUUCCCCCUGCUUUUACCAAGGACACUUAGUCACCAGUCCAGAGAAAGGACGCCACCGAGUAACCACCUCAGUAACUUGGAAUGGGAUGUGGAAGAGAGAAGGAAGGAAGUGAAGUUGGGAGGAGAGAGGGAGGGAACUUGGGCAGACUCGGGAGGCCAAAAUGCCCAGAAAGCCUACUUCCAGGCCGCCCGCGGCGUCCAGGCUCUGGGCCCUCUGGUUCUCUCCUGGCAUUUUCUACCUGUGCCUCACAUUCUUGUUGGGCCAAGUGGGCUUGCUUCAGGGACACCCCCAGUGCCUGGAUUAUGGGCCACCUUUCCGGCCUUCUCUACACCUGAGUUUUUGCUCUGACUAUGAAUCCUUCGGCUGCUGCAAUCACCGCAAGGACCAGCGCAUCGCUGCCCGGUACUGGGACAUCAUGAACUACUUUGACCAGAAGGGCCAUGAGCUGUGUGGAGGUUACAUUAAAGACAUCCUUUGCCAGGAGUGCUCGCCCUAUGCAGCCCACCUCUAUGAUGCUGAGAACCCUCAGACACCUCUCAGGAAACUUCCAGGGCUCUGCUCUGACUACUGCUCUGCCUUCCAUUCCAAUUGCCACUCUGCCAUCUCCCUGCUAACCAAUGACCGUGGCCUCCAGGAGAAAGAUGGUGCUCGUUUCUGCCACCUCCUCAACCUUCCUGAUGAGGACUACUGCUUUCCCAAAGUCCUGAGGAAUGACCAUCUCAACCGCAACCUGGGAGUGGUGGCUGAGGACCAUCAGGGCUGCCUGCAGCUCUGCCUGACAGAGGUGGCCAACGGGCUGCGGAACCCCGUGUCCAUGGUCCAUGCUGGGGAUGGCACCCAUCGCUUCUUUGUUGCUGAGCAAGUAGGAGUGGUGUGGGUCUACCUCCCGGAUGGGAGUCGUCUGGAGCAACCCUUCCUGGAUCUCAAGAGCAUGGUGCUGACCACACCAUGGAUUGGGGACGAGAGAGGCUUCUUAGGAUUGGCUUUUCAUCCCAAAUUCCGCCGCAAUCGCAAAUUCUAUAUUUAUUAUUCAUGCUUGGGCAAGAAGAAGGUGGAGAAGAUCCGGAUUAGUGAGAUGAAGGUUUCUCUGGCUGAUCCCAACAAAGCUGACCCCAAAUCAGAGAGGGUCAUCUUGGAGAUAGAUGAACCGGCCUCAAACCACAAUGGUGGCCAACUUCUUUUUGGCCUGGAUGGCUAUCUGUACAUAUUCACUGGGGAUGGAGGGCAGGCUGGGGAUCCCUUCGGCAAGUUUGGAAAUGCUCAGAACAAAAGUUCUCUGUUGGGGAAAGUGCUAAGGAUUGAUGUGAACAGGGCAGGCUUGGAUGGCCAUCGAUACCGAGUCCCCUCUGACAAUCCCUUUGUUUCUGAGCCAGGGGCUCACCCUGCCAUCUAUGCCUAUGGGGUUAGAAACAUGUGGCGUUGUGCUGUGGACCGAGGGGACCCCAUCACACGCCAGGGCCGAGGCCGGAUGUUCUGUGGUGACGUGGGCCAGAACAGGUUUGAAGAAGUUGACCUCAUUGUUAAAGGCGGGAACUAUGGCUGGAGGGCAAAGGAAGGGUUUGAAUGUUAUGACGAAAAGCUUUGUCGUAAUGCCUCUUUGGACGACAUUCUGCCCAUCUAUGCUUAUGGCCAUGCAGUGGGGAAGUCUGUCACUGGAGGGUACGUCUACCGUGGGUGUGAAUCUCCCAAUCUCAAUGGCCUCUACAUUUUUGGGGACUUCAUGAGUGGUCGACUUAUGGCUUUGCAGGAAGAUAGAAAAACUAAGAAAUGGAAGAAGCAAGACAUCUGCCUUGGCAGCACAUCCUCCUGUGCCUUCCCAGGGCUGAUCAGCACCUACAGCAAGUUCAUCAUCUCUUUUGCUGAAGAUGAAGCAGGGGAACUGUAUUUCCUGGCCACCUCCUACCCAAGUGCCUACGCUCCACAUGGAUCUGUUUACAAGUUUGUCGACCCCUCAAGACGAGCGCCGCCAGGCAAGUGCAAAUACAAGCCAGUGCCAGUGAAAGCCAAGAGUAAGAAGAUCCGGUUCAGGCCACUCGCCACCACAGUCUUGGAUGUACUGAAGGAGAAGUCACAGAGAGCAGCUCAAAGAGCAUCCAAUGCAACCUUAGCCUCCAGUGCAGUCCAGGCUGCAUCUCAGAACGGCGCCCCCAAGAAACCAUCUUUACCCAUAGGAGGCAAGAAAACAAUUCGGGGGCCUGGUACCAAGAAGAAAGCCAGAGUGUGGUCCCCAGGUCUCCAGAACAAGAGAAAGCAGAACCCCAACACCCACAGUGGCAGGAUGAAGCAGCCGGCACAGCAGAGGUCCCCAACAAGAAGUCACCCAUAACCUCUUGGUCAGGUUGGCUGACAGGACCAGAGAUUGGAGACUGGCCCAGGGAAGUGGACACUACUGCUUGCUGCCAAAUGCAGGUCUUGGACAUUCAGAAAGCCCAGGUGGAAGUGAGGCAGGCAGAACUUGACUCCAGAAUGUGUGGUCUUUUUCUUCCAGGGAAAUCUUGCUGUCUACUGAAGGAACAAAUGUGCCUGAUCUGUGGGCAGCAUUUCUGUGAGGAGACCACAGCCCACCUGGCCCUGCGCCUGCCUUAUGGCAUGCUCUAGUCUCUGUACCUGCUUGGAAUCCCACCUGGUGUCCCUUUAGCCUGGGGUAAUAAAUCAACACUGG